AUGGCGCAACGCGUGUGUUCCCAAGCGAGCGAUACCGACCGGCAGAUUUACGAAGCAGCAAUGAACAACGUGAACGAAGAGGCACCAUGCUUGCGGACAAGUCGUCUCGAAGCAAGCACCGCGCCGCCACUUCGCAUUGACGGCAUCGACGGUGUCAUCACGUGGCCGCUCUCGUCCGCGCACGUAGCAGCCCUCGCAGCACUCGACGUUCCCAAUGGCAAGCUUCUCCCGACGUCUUUUGCUUUUGUUCAACCUACUGCGUGGCGCGAGAUCGUCCAGGAUGAGCUGCAACAGAUAGCGGCAUAUGGGCUCAUGGACGCUGACCUCGUUCUCUCGCACCUCGUGAUCGACGCCGUUGGCACGGGCGCCACGCUCAUGCCGCUGGACAUGCCGCCCGACGUAUUUGGCUUCAUGAUUUUGCACUUGCCAUCGGCCUACGACGGCGGUGAGAUGAAGUUCAGCUAUCGCUACACGACCGAAACAUGGACACCCGACAGAUGCAAACUCGAGGUGGUCACGACCUUUCGCGACGUCGUUCCUGCCUCGACGCCAGUCACAAAAGGGGUGCGCAUGGCGCUCGUCUACCGUCUCGGUAUGGUCGACUACAACGAAGAUGGUUUUCCCUUGCCCUGCGACCUCUCGGACGGCAUCGACGCGUUCAAGCGCAUCGCAGACAUGCCGCUGCACACGUUCCAGCGCAUUGCGGUGCGUAUCGACGACGACGAAUUGGAGACGUUUGAGGAUCCCGCCGACUUCUUGCGCUUUGACUAUCUUGAUGGACUCGACGCAUCGUUGGUUGACACGCUUUUGGCCACGGAGCUGUACGACAUUGCACUUGUGGCGUUCGCUAAACAGUCGACCGACGACGACGACGAAGAUGACUAUGCUUACGAGCCCUAG